AUGGGUGGCCGAGUCGGAGACCUGAGCCCCAAGCAGGCAGAGACCCUGGCCAAGUUAGGAGAAAAUGUCCAGGAUGUGUUGCCUGCCCUGCCCAACCCAGAUGACUAUUUCCUUCUGCGCUGGCUCUGAGCUCAGAAUUUCGACCUGCAGAAAUCAGAGGCCAUGUUCCACAAGUACAUGGAGUUCCGGAAGACCAUGAACAUUGACCACAUACAUUGGCAGCCCCCCGAGGUGAUCCAGAAGUGCAUGCCUGGGGCCCUGUGUGGCUAUGACCAUGACGGCUGCCCUGUGUGGUAUGACAUCAUCGGGCCACUUGACCCCAAGGGCCUGCUUUUCUCCGUCACCAAGCAGGACCUGCUCAAGACCAAGAUGAGGGACUGUGAGUGCAUCCUGCGCGAGUGUGACCUGCAGACAGAGCGGCUGGGGAGGAAAAUUGAGACCAUCGUGAUGAUAUUUGACUGUGAAGGCCUGGGGCUGAAGCACUUCUGGAAACCCCUGGUGGAAGUGUACCAGGAGUUCUUUGACCUCCUUGAAGAGAAUUACCCAGAGACCCUGAAGUUCAUGCUCAUUGUGGAAGCCACCAAACUGUUCCCUGUGGGAUACAACCUCAUGAAGCCCUUCUUGAGUGAGGACACUCACAGGAAAAUUAUAGUGUUGGGAGACAACUGGAAGGAAGGUUUGCUGAAACUUAUCAGUCCUGAGGAACUGCCUGCCCAGUUUGGGGGGGCCCUGACCGACCCAGAUGGGGACCCCAAAUAUUUAACUAAGCAAGCCCAUCUUGCUCUGUGUCUGCAAAUCAACUAUGGUGGGGAGAUCCCCAAGUCCAUGUACAUGCGGGACCAGGUGAAGACUCAGUACGAGCACUUGGUGCAGAUCAGCCGCAGCUCCUCGCACCAGGUGGAGUACGAGAUCCUGUUCCCAGGCUGUGUCCUCAGGUGUCAGUUCUCAUCGGACGGUGCAGACAUCGGCUUCGGGGUUUUCCUAAAGACCAAGAUGGGGGAGUGGCAACGGGCUGGGGAGAUGACGGAGGUGCAGCGCAGCCAGCGCUACAAUGCCCACCUGGUGCCCGAGGAUGGGAGCCUCACCUGCACGGAAGCUGGCGUCUAUGUCCUGCGCUUUGACAACACCUAUAGCUUUGUCCACACCAAGAAGGUCAGCUACACAGUGUAGGUGCUGCUCCCGGAUGAGGGCAUGCAGAAAUACGACAAGGAGCUCACCCCUGUCUAGGCAGCUCCCUCACUUCCCAGAGACCCCUGACCCUCUGCUUUCGGUCUAUAUAUCCUACUCUUCCCCCAGAAAUUGCUCAGUAGUCCUCUUGACUCUGUGACACUAGUAAGUAAAGAAAAGGCUGCCUUGGGGAAAAUGCAUAUACUGUGGUCAGGUCAGGAAAGGUACGAGAGGCACAGCUUUGGAGAAUGCCGAGGUUGCAGAAAAGGAAGAAGCAAGGGUAAAAACAAGUGGCUGUCCCUGAAACCCAAAAAAUAGCAAAACGAGUCUCCUAGCCUUUGUCCUCACUUCUGAGGCAUUUGUGUGCUUGAAUUUUUUCUCCAUGAGUUAUCAGCAACCUGGGUUGGAGAUGUAUCUAAAUUCUUUUUACUGCUACUCCUUAUGUAGUAUAUGCUCAAUAUAUACUUGUGAAGUUGAAUGGAGGUAGGGAGCAAGUGAUUCAUGGGUGUGCAAGAUAAGAAGUACUAGGGGAGAUUUCAGCACCUCGGACAGGGACAGAGCCGUGGAGGGGGUGGACUCUCUUGGAGACCCAGGGGACCCAGCCCCCAGAUCUAUGGCAGUGGCUGCCCCCUUGGGUAGGUAGGAGCUGCCUAGAGAAGGCUUCGUCUGACUCAGAGCACACAGCUUCCCCAACCCAUCUCUACCACCCUCGCCGCCUUCCCUUGCAACUCACAGCUUAUGUUUUAAGCAAUUAAAGGCACUUUGCUAGAAGCAAAGGAAGUCACAUCUGGCUCUAGCUGCUGCCUGGCGAUAAUAAAAAAAACCCACAGCUGUCA